GAGAAUCUGGGACAGCUUCAUAACUUGAACAGCCUCUUCCAGAGCCUGGACAAGGACAACAGCGGCACUGUGGAGGUGCAGGAGGCGCGUGAGGUGCUCGAGAAGGCGGGCCUGAACCAGAACCAGAUCGGCAAGUUCCUCUCGGCACUGCUGGGUGACAAGGGCUCCGUGCAGUACACCGAGUUCAUGGCUAAGCUCGUGAUGGCGCAGAGAGGCGUGCGAGAGGAGGAGAUCGGCGCCGCCUUUGCGUCUAUUGACUUGGACGGCUCGGGGACUUUGGAUGUCAACGAGGUGGAGAAACUGCUCCAACAACCCGAUGCCGCGCGUCUCCUGGAGGGGCGUGCAGCCAAGGAUGUCAUCGAGGAGAUGGACAGGAACGCCGACGGUGUUGUGGAUUUCAAGGAGUUUCGCAGAGCGAUGUUGGGAGAUCCUAACACAGUCAUGUUUUGGAAGAAGGGCGAUGCUGCGCGCUAUUUGAGCUCCAGCUUUGAGCGGUGGAUUCCCUGCCGCGUCGAGGAUGUCGACCAGGAGAAGGAUUCCGUGAUUAUCGACCUCAAGCCGGGCGUCUGGCUUACUCCCGAGGACAUGAAGCAUCGGCUGGUCCCCGGGAACACUUGCUGGUCCGUUGGCGCGAAGUGCCAGUACUACAGUCGCGAAGAUGGUUUCCUCUUGGACGCCACGGUGAUGGAGCUGGACGACAAGGGCAACGUGAUCGUGGACAAGCGGCCAGGGCAGUGGCUCCCUCCGUGGGCAAUUUGGGAGCCUGGGGCUGAGAAGAGCCCCACGCAGAAGGCAUCGCCACAGGCAUCGCCACAGUUGGGUCGAGGAAAGACUGGUCUACCCCCGUGCCUGGGCCAAUGGAAGGAAGGCCAGGCUGCCAUGUACUACAGCAAGCGCCAGGGCGCCUGGUUCGACUGCCGGGUGGUGGCAGUAGAUCCAGACACAGGUGCACUGCGCAUGGAUGUAAAGCCCGACUACUGGAUGCCCGUGGAGGAGCAGGAGGAGGUGCUGAAAGCACGUUAG